UUUUUUGAACCAUAUAGUUAGUUUGUUCUUCCACUUCAAUCAUUCCAUUUGUCAGAGAAUGAAUUAUUUCUGAGUUUACUUUAAGCCUUUCCCUUUUAACCCAUUUCCCAUUUUUGGAGAAAUGGUGAGAUGGAAAGUCCAAUGGCUUCCAGUGGAGGAAUUCUCAGAGCCGAAGAAUUCUUUGUGUGUGAGAGAGAACGAGAAACAAAGCCCUUAAACCAACAAUUUCUCUCUUCAAAUCACACAGAGAAACAACAGAAAGACAAACUUAAAUCGUUUGUUUUUCUUGUUCUUCCUCUAAAUUUUUCUUACCAUUCAAUCGCGAAUCUCUCUCUCUAUCUCUCUUUAUCUAUUUCGUUUUCUUAUCUUUAGCAGGCUUUUUCAUUGAUUGUUCAUAGUUGUCAAUACCUUUCCCUUUAUUCCCUCUUUUGAUCUUUGUAGGGGAAAGGUAAAAGAAAACAUUGUAGGGAUUUUGAAACCUAGUUUCGAAUUUGGGGAUUUGGGUUUUGCUCGAAAUCGCUGUGAAAAGUGGCUAUAAUCAUGGAUCUCGAGCGCCAGGUUUUUGUGGGUUUGUUGUUAUUGUCAUUUUGUUUACCUGGGUUCUGCAAUUUGGUGUUUGAAGUUCAACAUAAGUUUAAGGGUCGAGAGAGAUCACUGAAUGCUUUGAAGUCUCAUGAUGUUCGUCGCCAUGGUAGGCUUCUCUCUGUCAUUGAUCUCGAACUUGGUGGCAACGGACACCCUGCUGAAACAGGGUUAUACUUCGCCAGAAUUGGCCUUGGAACUCCUCCAAACGAUUACCAUGUGCAAGUGGAUACAGGGAGUGACAUUUUAUGGGUGAACUGUGUCGGUUGCAGCAAUUGUCCGAAGAAAAGUGAUAUUGGUAUAGAGUUGCAACUGUAUGAUCCGAAGGGCUCCAGCAGUUCAAGCUUGAUUACUUGUGAUCAACCAUUUUGCUCGGCCACAUACGAUGCUCCGAUCCCUGGUUGCAAGCCAGAUCUACUCUGCCAAUAUAAAGUUAUCUAUGGGGAUGGAAGUGCAACAGCUGGAUAUUUUGUGAAGGAUCAUGUUCAACUCCAACAAGCAGUAGGAAACCGUCAAACUAAAGUAACUAAUGGCAGUAUAAUAUUUGGGUGUGGAGCUAAACAAUCUGGGGAGCUUGGUACGUCAUCCGAAGCACUUGAUGGAAUACUUGGUUUUGGACAGGCUAAUUCAUCUAUGAUUUCUCAGUUGGCUGCAACUGGGAAGGUGAAAAAGAUUUUUGCACACUGCUUGGAUAGUAUAUCAGGGGGUGGGAUUUUUGCAAUUGGAGAAGUAGUUGAGCCAAAAAUGAAAACAUCACCAGUGGUACCUAAUCAGGCUCACUACAAUCUUGUUCUAAAUAGAGUUAAGGUAGGGGGCACCGCUCUUGAUCUUCCUCUUGGAAUAUUUGAAACUGUUUACAGAAGAGGAGUAAUCAUUGACAGUGGCACAACACUAGCUUAUCUUCCUGAGAGCAUUUACCUGCCAUUAAUGGAGAAGAUCUUGGGUGCCCAACCUGGUCUGAAACUACAUACUAUUGAUGACCAGUUUACUUGUUUUCUGUAUGAUGGAAAUGUGGACGACGGAUUUCCAACAGUGACAUUCGAAUUUGAGGAGGCCCUAAUCUUGGUUGUUUACCCUCAUGAGUAUCUCUUUCAGAUUCGAGAUGAUGUAUGGUGUGUUGGAUGGCAGGAUAGUGGAGCUCAAUCCAAAGAUGGAAAGGAAGUCACUCUCUUGGGAGACUUGGUUCUUCAAAACAAGUUGGUUUACUAUAAUCUUGAAAAUCAGACCAUUGGUUGGGUUGAGUACAACUGCUCUUCAGGCAUAAAAUUGAAAGAUGGAAAAUCAGGAGAAAUUUAUACAGUUGGAGCCCACAAACUGUCUUCUGCAGAAUCCCUUGUAGUGGUUGGGAGACUACUUCCAUGGUGCUUGUUAGCUUUCACCUUCUUUUUUAUUCAAUAGAUUCUUUACAACAGGCACAACAUUUUUUUUUUCUUUUUCAAUUUUUGUUGUACCAUAAUGUAAUCCCCCAAAAUGGAAAUAACUAAUUCCUUUUCCCCAGAAAAGAAAAAAGAAAUCCUCAGUUUUCUUUUGUUGUUUCUUUGAAUUUGUUGAUAUUGGAAGAGAGAGAUUUGUUUGUGAGUAUAUAUAUAUUUGUGAAUGAAGACAAUGGAAUGGUUGUUGUAA